AUGGCCGAUUGUGCGGGUCCUUUACGACCUGCUGAUAGCUGGUCCACGACGGAGGUCCGUUCAGUAACUCACAGCCAUGUAUGGACAAUCAAGGGAUUUAGUCAAUGUGAAUGUCGAUAUCUAGAAACGUCGGCAAAGAUUCGCGAUCUUACGCAAGUGACACCAAUGCCCUUGCCGCCGACUUCGACGCCAAACGUAUCGGCGGCCACCUUAGAACCUCCAAUGCUAACGUUUCGCAUCCGGUUACAUCCUCAGGGCAAUAAGGAGUCAAAUAAGGAUUUUAGCUUUUUUCAAGUAUGU